GGGCGGGGCGCUCGGAGCUACCGCAGCCGCAGUAGCAGAAGCCGCCGCGGCCGCUGCGGACGUGGCCGUCUGGGCUCGUUUUGUGGGGAACCAGGCCCGUGUCUCUCCUUGAUGGCGUUGAACGGCUUCCAGCUCAAGGUUAUUGUUUAACAGAAGACAGCAUCAGCAGCUAUGCAGAAUUCUGCUCACAUGGAUGAGUACAACAAUUCUAGCAAUGGCAAUGCAAGCAAUGGUUCUGAGGUAGCCAUAGAGCAGCCCACUGAUUUCAGUACUGAGAUUAUGAAUGUUAUGGAGAUGGAACAGUCACCUGAUGGUUCUCCAAAUGUGAAUGAAGAAAACACAGAGGAAAAUGAAAUUUCAAAUGCAGAGCUACCAGUGACAGACACUGAAGCACAGUUUCCUCCAGAAUAUGAGAAGUUUUGGAAAACUGUAGAAAAUAAUCUUCAAGAUUUUACUGGCUGGGUAUAUUUGCUGCAGUAUGUAGAACAGGAGAAUCACUUGCUGGCUGCCAGGAAAGCAUUUGACAAAUUUUUUACACACUACCCAUAUUGCUAUGGUUAUUGGAAAAAGUAUGCAGACCUUGAAAAGCGCCAUGACAACAUUAAACAAUCAGAUGAGGUUUAUCGGCGAGGGCUUCAGGCAAUACCUCUUAGUGUUGAUCUUUGGAUUCAUUAUAUAAACUUCUUAAAAGAAACAUUGGACCCAGAUGAUCCUGAGACAAAUAAUACUAUAAGAGGAACUUUCGAGCAUGCUGUUUUAGCUGCAGGAACAGAUUUCCGAUCUGACAGAUUAUGGGAAAUGUACAUAAACUGGGAAAAUGAACAGGGAAAUCUGAGAGAGGUUACAACAAUAUACGAUCGUAUUCUUGGUAUUCCAACACAACUUUAUAGUCAUCAUUUCCAAAGGUUUAAAGAACAUGUGCAAAAUAACUUGCCUAGAGAUCUUUUAACUAGUGAGCAGUUUAUUCAGCUACGAAGAGAACUUGCUUCUGUAAAUGGACACAGUGGCGAUGAUGGCCCCCCUGGUGAUGACUUACCUUCUGGAAUUGAAGAUAUAACUGACCCAGCAAAGCUAAUCACUGAAAUAGAAAACAUGAGACAUAGAAUCAUUGAGAUUCAUCAAGAAAUGUUUAAUUACAAUGAGCAUGAGGUUAGCAAAAGGUGGACUUUUGAAGAAGGUAUUAAAAGACCUUAUUUCCACGUGAAACCAUUGGAAAAGGCACAACUGAAAAAUUGGAAAGAAUACUUAGAAUUUGAAAUUGAAAAUGGGACUCAUGAACGUGUUGUGGUUCUCUUUGAAAGAUGUGUCAUAUCAUGUGCCCUCUAUGAGGACUUUUGGAUUAAAUAUGCCAAGUACAUGGAAAACCAUAGUAUCGAAGGAGUGAGACAUGUCUACAGCAGGGCUUGUACAAUACAUCUUCCAAAGAAACCCAUGGUUCACAUGCUAUGGGCUGCUUUUGAAGAACAGCAGGGUAAUAUUAAUGAAGCAAGAAGCAUUCUAAGAACAUUUGAAGAAUGUGUCCUAGGAUUGGCCAUGGUUCGUUUAAGAAGAGUAAGUUUAGAGCGAAGGCAUGGAAACAUGGAAGAAGCUGAACACUUGCUUCAGGAUGCGGUUAAGAAUGCCAAAUCAAAUAAUGAAUCCUCAUUUUAUGCUAUAAAACUAGCCCGACAUCUUUUCAAGAUACAGAAGAACCUUCCAAAAUCAAGAAAAGUGCUCUUGGAAGCCAUUGAGAGAGACAAAGAGAACACAAAAUUAUACCUCAACUUACUUGAAAUGGAAUAUAGUGGGGACCUCAAACAAAAUGAAGACAAUAUCCUCACCUGUUUUGACAAGGCUAUACAUGGUUCAUUGCCUAUUAAAAUGAGAAUUACGUUUUCUCAGAGAAAAGUGGAGUUUCUAGAAGAUUUUGGCUCUGAUGUGAACAAGCUUCUGGAUGCUUAUGAUGAACAUCAAAUACUUUUAAAAGAACAAGACUCUUUAAAAAGGAAAGCUGAAAAUGGGGCGGAAGAGCCAGAUGAAAAAAAAGUACACACAGAAGAUGCAACUUUAGCAUCAACUCAAAUGAUUGAUGGAGACAUCCAAGCUAACCAAGCUGCAUAUAAUUAUAGUGCCUGGUAUCAAUACAAUUACCAGAAUCCCUGGAAUUAUGGACAGUAUUAUCCUCCCCCUCCAACCUGAUGGAAAAAAAAUUUUAAUUUCGUAAUUGGUAUUGUCUGGGGCAGGGGGAAACUUUUUUUAAUGAGGGGUAUAAGCAGAACAUAAUUUGAUAAUAUUUGAUAACUUGUCUUCCCUGUUCACAUGUAAUAUGAUUUACUUAGUAAUUGGGACAUUUCACUUAAUAGCAAAUAACAAAUAUUGUUUCCUACUUUUUAUUGGAGAACUUUUUUUUAUUUUUUGCAUUAAGUGGUCUAGAAUUGUCAACACAUUUGAAACCAAGUUUUUAGUAGCCUUAAGGAGAAAAAAAACUGACUGAAAAUCAUGUCAGUAUAGCAAGUAAUUCUGAAUAUACACAAGGGCUGGUUAUUAAAAUGUCUUCACCUCAUCUAUAAAAAUGAUUUCAGACGUUCAACGUACAAAGGGUCGUGUCCGGGUCAUGUUCCAAUUGUCCUUGUUGUGACAUUGCAUCUACUUAUAGAAAUACAAAGUUCUCAUCUUGAAAUGGUUUUUCAUAAAUGUCAAAAUAUUUGCAUCCCUUUAAAGGUGAAAAUCAUUAAAAAUAGUGUUUUCAGAUAGACUUUUGUAUGCAGAACGUUCAUGUCUAACUUGUGAGCAGAUUUUUUUGAUCAAACUGAUCAUUUUCAUUUUCGUAAUAAAACAAGGACUUCUAUAAUAAUUGCUUAUGGAUUUUUUUAAAAAACACAUUUUAGAAAUUAAACUUGUGCCAAUUAAAGCAGGCAACAAGCUGGGUAAAACACAUUUUGAUAGUCUUCAUUAAUCUUACUUUAAAUGCCAAAAAAUUCUGCUCCUUGCAUAAUCUUUGUUGUAUACAGGUCCAGGGAGAGUUUGCCUUGGUCGUAAUUCAAGAGGAUUUAAAACGAUAUCCCCAACUUUUUAGCCGCCUGACUUCUACUGAGCACUCAACAUCUUUCAAUGUGUUUAUUUACAACCAGCAAGGAAAAGUGUGCCCAUAUUUUUAAUUAGGAAGAGAUUAGAAUUUAGGAAAAACACAGGGAUCAUUAAUCCUUUUUACUAAAAACAGGCAAAUUUCUUCAGAAACUUAGGUUUAAACACGCCUGCUGCUUUUAACAGGUGUUUUAAGUUACAUCAUGAACUAUUAAGUUAGUAGUGAGGAAAGCACUUGCUAAAAAUAAUUAAAACAUACACUGGAAGGAAUCUUAUGCAUUCCAUGCAGCCCCAAAAAUUCAGUCAUUCAAAUAACACAGUUAUUUGAUGUAUUUGUAUUGAGGAUAUUUACAACAUUUACAAUACAAUACAUUUACAACUCAACCCCAAGCAGCCUCAACUGCCCCAACAUGUUUAACUUGAGGGAGUUAUUCUCAAAAUGAAUUAUCUGUUUUCUCCACUCCCAUAAGGUCAGUUGUUCUUCAAGUACAAGGCCACAGGUUUGUAGAAAUAGCUCCUGAAAUGUAGUUUGGUCACUAAAACAUUUAUUCAAUCGAUGUCCACUAAUUCCACUUCAAAAUAAAGUUUUGCAUUGGGUGGAAUUCUGUUUGGAAAGUCAAGGUAAAUAAGUUACAAUAUCACAAUAGUCCACAGCCAAAAAAAAAAAUCAUCUAUAUGAUUCUACAUAAAUCAGAAGAGCUUCUGUACUGUUCUGAAAAUGCUGAAGAUUUUUUGGGACAUAUACCUAACAUUUCAAACUUAAGACUUUAUAGAGGUGUUAGGCAAGCUACCUUCAGAAAACCUCAGGAAGUUUUUCGACACAGAAAAAGAGGUCUCUGGAGUAUCUUGAACCAUAAUUGCCUCUGUUCCUCUCCAUGGUAGAAUUGUUAUUUCUCUGUGGUAGGUUCAGCACUGCAUGCUGGUAAUCCUAAACACUUUCUCCCAUAUUCCAGGGUAAGCUUAAUAAGUCUUACCUGAAGUCUUUUUCACUUUUCUACUCCAAGUGAGUAAAAGGAGAAAAAGUACUUUAAGUUUUAUGAGUAACAUGAGUCAGUGCUCAAGAGGAUGGGUGAUAUGGCAUCACUACUUCUCUAGCUGGCUUCAAAAAGUAGCUUACUAGACAGAUAUCUAUCAGAAGCUAUGAAUAAAUGCACCAAGUAAGAGGCUGGAUUUCUCUGUUUGAAAGGAAAAGGAUACUUUGCAUCAGGCUGUCCUUUCUUGCCAUAAGCCCAUUCAGGUUCAAUCUCCAGGCGAGCCUUUUCUCCCUUACUCAUUGUUAAGAGUGCUUCAUCCCACUAAAAGUGAAAACAAAGAAAACAUGACAAAACAGGAAAUCUGAGCUUUAGAAAAAAUCUUAGGUAGUACAGAUAGAAAUGAUUUUUCUAAACAAGGGGAGUAGAGAUGUGUUCUAAGUGGUUACUAUUUCUUGUGAGAACCAUUAAGCCUCUUUUUUUCCCCAGAAGUCUACUUUUAUCAAGGGCUUAUUUUUUAUAACAGACUUUUUUUCUUGUCAUAACACUUGUUUAAUUACAUUACCCUUCUUUUAUAGAAAUAAAACGUUUUUUAAACAUUAGGUCCACCUUGUUCCCCAUUCUGGUCCUUGAAGCUAUGAGGGGAGAAAAUAAGUUAUAAUAUGCAAAAGCAUAUAAGGCACACAGAAUCAAUUCUCAAUCUUAAGUGGAACUAUGAUAUUACUAUCUUAAACAGAUAAUCUCAAAAUACUGCUAUGCUUGGAGAAAGGGGAAAAUCCAUUUGUAAGCUAAUGUAGAAGGAGGAAGGGCCUUAAAAGGCAGCAGAAAUAUAAGUUGGUGAGGCCCAUUUGCAGAAAGCUAUUUUAACUAUACCUAUGAACUUCAAGUUGUCUGGUUUACAAAAUUCAUCCUGGACUCUGGUGAUCAAUCAAGAAGCCUAUUAAGCACUUACUAUGUGUGUGUGUCAGACCCUGUGAUAGGGACCUCAGUGCUGGGAUUCCUAGUGCAGUUGAUUUUGAUGUGUAAUUCUGUACUUAGGUUUCCUUACUACUAGUUAACAUUCUGAAUAUUCACCAUAUCAAGACCUGACUGAAUAGAACUUGAAAGUUAUCUUAUGCCUCACUCAUACUUCAGUGAAAGUAACAAAAAUUGAGACCUGUCCCUAUUAUGCAUCAAAGUGGCAAAAUAUCACUUGAUUCUUUUCUUGCUAGAAACACUACAGAGUUAGAGCAGUAAGGGAGGUCAUUAAGUCCAACCUCCCUCAAUUACAGAUGAAGUCAAAAUUCAAAUCCCUGUCUUCCUGGCUGUAACUUGAGCACUCUCUACAACUGUGCUACCUACCAGGAAGCCACGUGAAAUGUAUGCUAAAAGAAAGUAGAGGCAGUUACUAGAUUACAGGCCCAAUAAUAUUUAUAGGGAGUCACUUCUAAAAUAAGCAAAAUCCAAAUUCAUCACCUUAAAUUUUAUGUAAUUCAAACUAAUUUCAGAAACUCUGGUGUCGUACUGAAUAUAAAUCCUAAUUCUUUUUGGGCAUCCAAGGAAUUAAAGAGAAAAGAACGAUUCCAAAUUUACAUUGUUAAGUGCAAGGAUGACAUCUUACGUCUCUGAUAGGACCUAGCACAAUGCCUUCUAUGGGACAGAAAUGCAAGUAUAUGUCGAUUACUUACUCCUCUGAUAACUUUACCCACUCCAACUUUAAAACUUAGAGGCUUAGCAUUCUUUUUCUUCUUUGCACCUGUAAAACAAUUUUAAGAUAUGAUCUAUUUUUUGAGAACUUGAUUUUUUUUAUUUAAACAGACAGUAACCAGUUACAUUCUUGCUGAUGUCACAAUGCAGGCUUUUUGGUAGUAUAAACAAAGUAAAAGCCAGAAAAUCAGAUGACUCAGAAUUCUGUAUUAUGUUUUAAAUAUUCAAGCUUACCACUGAGAAGCUUUGUUUGUUUCUGUUUGUUCUAUUAGGCUUGAAUGACACUUAGUCCAAGUAUUUCAGGCCCUAUAAUGCUGCAUCAUACAAGGCUGGGGAAUUAGGAUUCUCCCAUUUCUACUCAGAUUUUGAAUUUACCUAUUGUUAUCAGCCGUGUUGAAGGCACAGUGCUAUCAACAGCCUGUAGUCAGCUAAUGAAAAGGAGACUUGUUAAUAAGACAUCUUUUAUUUAUAUAGUGCUUUAUGGCUACAAAGCAUUUUCAUAUAAUUAAUUUAAUCCUCAGAACAGCCUGUACAAAAGUGCUGAUGUUUUUAUCCCCAUUUUACAAAUGAGGGAACAGACUCAAGAGGUCAGCUCUUGCAUAGACUAGAAUCUAGGUUUCUUGACUACAAGUUCAGUGUAGUUUGAAGUAAGCUGAUGGUUCCCAACCUGUGGGCCAAGGUCCCUUUUUGGGGGGUUGGGGGGGAGAAUUAAUGCAGGAAGAGGAACAGCAAAAUUAUCACAGAUCUGCAUAUGUAUCAUGUAUUGUCAUUUUGUAAAAACCUAAGUUCCAAUAAAAAUGCAGCAUGGUUCAUGUAUGUAUUACCAUUUUUAAAAUGUAUAUAGAUGCUGUUAUGAUUACUAAGAGUCAUUAAAAGUUUUUUAAUUCAUAGUAA